AUGUAAGACCAUACUUUAACAAUACAGUCAGAGAAUGAUUGGAAGACCCUAGUUCUUGAAAAUGCAAAACCCGUCAUUGUUGAUUUCUACGCUGAUUGGUGUGGUCCAUGCAAGGUUUUGAAACCCAAACUCCACAGUCUCCUAGAACAAGGUUAAGGAAAAUGGGAGUUAGCAAUCGUGAAUGUUGAUAUCGAAGAGUUAUAAAAGGUUUCAUCUUAAUAUGCAAGUCAAGGAAUUCCAGCAGUUUAUUUAUUCCAUAAGGGUUAAUAAAUUUCAACAUUUUUGGGUAACAACGAAGCAAAAGCUAAGGACAUGGCUGCAAAGGCAUUAACAUUGUGAGAAUCAUGUAUAUUUUUAUAGAUAA